AUGACGACGCCUGUCGAACCUGCCACCCGCAAGAGGGUGUUGAAAGUCAUCUUCAUUUCUUUGUUACUCGACUUGAUAUCAUUUACCUUCAUCCUUCCAUUAUUCCCCAAACUCCUCGAAUUCUACCGCAACGUCGAAGCUCCCCUCGACCCUUCAGCCCCACCAUCCAAGACCCUUCUCUCCAGUGUCUUGGGCUACCUGAACGCUUACAAGGCUUCCUUUGCGCGACCAAUUGACUCGCGAUAUGACAUUGUUCUGCUCGGAGGUGCCUUGGGGAGUCUCUUUUCUCUCCUCCAAGCCAUCGCCUCCCCCAUAAUCGGCCACUUCUCCGAUCGCUAUGGCCGCCGCACCGCCCUCCUCCUCAGCAUGACGGGCAACAUUCUUUCGGUGCUCCUUUGGGUCAUGGCCACCGACUUCCGCACCUUCCUCGCCUCGCGCAUCGUCGGCGGUCUCUCCGAGGGCAACGUCCAGCUGGCCACGGCCAUCGCAACCGACAUCUCGGACCCUUCCAAGCGCGGCUCGACCAUGGCCCUCAUCGGCGCUUGCUUCUCCAUCGCCUUCACUUUCGGCCCUGCGCUGGGCGCCUGGCUGAGCUCCUUCAGCACCGUGGCCGCCAACCCCUUCGCGACAGCCGCCGGCGUCUCUCUGACUCUGAUCGUCGUCGAGACUCUAUACCUCUAUUUCUGCCUGCCCGAGACAUUGCCGGCGCUGACUCAAAAGACUGAGUCCACCGGCACUCAAGUCAGCAGCACCAAAUCCGAAGAGAAGAAACCAGCAACCGCCCCAACCACCAAACCUACCGCAGUCCAGCGCACAAACUCCCACUUCCUCCUCAACUUCACCCACUUCUCCUUCCUCCUCUUCUUCUCCGGCAUGGAAUUCUCCCUCCCCUUCAUGACCUACGACCUCUUUGCCUACGAUUCCGCCAAGAACGGUCGUCUCCUCGGUUUUGUCGGUCUCAUUGCCUCCCUCCUCCAAGGCGGCGUCACGCGUCGCCUGCCCCCUCUGCUGUCUGUGAGGAUCGGCGUCAUCGCUUGUCUCUUGGCUUUCAUCAUGCUGGGCCGUAUCACGUCCGUUCUUGGCCUCUACGGGGCAGCUGCCCUGCUCGCUACCACCUCGGCGACGGUGGUCACGGGUCUGAAUGCCCUCAGCAGCUUUGAGUCGCACGAGGGCGAGCGCGGUGGAAAGUUGGGCAUGUUGAGGAGCUGGGGACAGCUGGGUAGGGGACUGGGGCCGGUGUUGUUUACGAGUAUUUAUUGGUGGGCCGGGAGGGAGGUUGCCUAUGGAAUUGGCGCGUUGGGCAUGUCGUGGGUAGCGUUGUUGGUUAUGUAUGCACUUAAGACGCCGCCGGGGUCGGAGAGAGUGAGGAAGGAGAGUCAAGUAGCGGAGCAGGAGAAGAAGGAGUUGUAGAUUUGAAUGUUUUUUUUCCUUUUGUAGUAUAGAGUUUGAAUAGGAUGGGGGAGGGUCAAAAGGAUGCACAUAAAAUGUCCAGAAUUGGGAUACAUAAGUUUGGAUACUGUAUGAUUACUGAACAGUUUUGUGUUGUUGUAUCAAUGUUGAGCAUCGUCUAUGAAGCAUAACUUUCACUUUAUUU